AUGAUUGCACACAGUUCAGCCUCCACCUCUGACCCCACGGACUCCGGGGUGAGCGACGUGAUGGACGUCGGUUACCGGUCCGGCUCCAAACCACCGGCCGGUUGCCUGUCCUCCGUGCGUAAUUUUGGCACGGCCGGCGUCCUGAUGCACGGUCUGAGCUCCAACAGCGACUGCGCCGUUUUCAAAGACGUAACCGAGGCUGCCAAGCAGUUCUACGACCGAGAAAGCGAGUUUUUAAAGAGCGAUCACGCUCAGUGGGACGAAUACGUGAAGGUCCGGAGGACCAAUUUAAGCCUGUCCUCCACCUCCGGCGCGUGCAAGUUCAUAAAAGAUGAGAAGGAGCCCACGGUGAUCAUGGACAGCUUCGACCCGGUCCCGGUCCCGGUCCCGGUCCCGGUCCCGGAGAUGUCGGCCCUGGAGAGCUGCUGCAGCUCCGAAAGCAAACCCCUCCUGGGGAUCGGUGAGGGGGGGGAUCCCGGAGGAUUUCCCCAGAUCAUCUCGGUCCCGCGCGCGGGGAUGGAGGGAUCCCCGAACUAUGUCCUGGACCUGAACCAGUCCGAGCAGCUGGCCAACCCGAUGCAAACUUCCCCGACUGAGCCCCAGUUCUGGUGCCAGCCAACAGGGGGGACCGAGGACGCAUUCACGGCCACCAACUACGACGGGAUCCAGAACCAGGGUCUGGCCCAGAGGAACCCCUCACCUUUCUCCGGAUUUCCCGGCUAUCUGUGCGCCGGGAGGAAUGACUGCAUCGUGGACAAAAUCCGCAGGAAAAAUUGCCCUGCUUGUCGCCUCCGAAAGUGCUAUCAAGCAGGAAUGAUGCUCGGAGGCAGGAAGCUGAAGCGCUUCGGGGCGCUGAAGGCCUUGGGUUUGGCCCCGUCCCUGAUGUUCCAGACCCACUUGGCCAUGUCCGGAGACAGCCAGGCCUUGACCUCCAUGUCUUGUAUACCGGGAAUCCACGAGAUGCAGCUCUCCCAGCAGAUCAUUAGCAUCCUGGAGAACAUCGAGCCGGAGACGGUUUACUCGGGCUACGACAGCUCCCAGCCGGAGGUCCCCCACCUGCUGCUCAACAGCCUCAACAGGCUGUGCGAGAAGCAGCUGCUGUGGAUCGUUAAGUGGUCCAAAUCCCUGCCAGGUUUUCGGAACCUCCACAUCAAUGACCAGAUGACCCUGAUCCAGUACUCCUGGAUGAACCUGAUGGUUUUCUCCCUCGGGUGGCGCUCUUUCCAGAACGUGACCAGCGAAUAUCUCUACUUUGCCCCUGAUCUGAUUCUCAGUCAGGAGCAAAUGAGAAGAUCUCCCAUUUACGAUCUCUGCCUGGCGAUACAGUUUAUUCCACAGGAGUUUGCAAAUCUUCAAGUUACUCGCGAAGAAUUUCUUUGCAUGAAAGCCAUAAUAUUACUCAACACAGUGCCCCUUGAAGGACUCAAGAGUCAGGUAGCCUUUGAGGAAAUGCGGCAGAAUUAUAUCCGGGAGCUCUCCAGGGCCAUCCACAUGAAGGAGAAGGGUUUGGUGGCCAGUUCCCAGAGAUUUUACCACCUCACCAAACUGAUGGACGCCAUGCAUGAUACUGUAGGGGAGUAG